UUCUCCUGCUGCUGCCUAGCUCGUCGAAUGCGCUGCUGUGCUCGCGUGUGAAUCGUGCUUCGUUUAGGCUCGCGAAUUCCGUGGCGCAGAGGCUGCUACUUGGGCUCUAACCUUCCCAUGGCCGAGAUCUGCUGCCAGGAAGCCAAGUCCCCGCCGGCCACCGUGGCCACGGCCUCGGCCUCGGCCGCCGCCGCCGCGGCUGCCGUCGCGUCGUCCGUGAUGGACAGGCGCCGCCGGAGGCUGGAGAUGAAGCGCUUCCGCCUCGCCACCGACCUCGAGGAGUCCGCCGCGGAGUACGCCCGCGCGGGCAAGCGCCAGCGGCUCGCGCGCACCGCGUCCGGCUCGCCGCCGUGCCCCGGCGCCCCCGCCGCCGCGGCCGAGGCCGAGACCGUGGACCCCGACCGCUGCCCGAGGUACGGGGUCUCCUCCGUCUGCGGCCGCCGGCGCGAGAUGGAGGACGCCGUCUCCGUCAGGCCGGACUUCCUGUCCGCCAGCUCCUCCGGCAGCAGGUCCCACUUCUUCGGGGUCUUCGAUGGCCACGGCUGCUCACACGUGGCGACGACGUGCCAGGACCUGAUGCACGAGGCGGUGGCGGAGGAGCACGAGAAGGCGGCGGCGGCGGGUUCCGGCGAGGAGGAGAUCCCCUGGAAAGAGGUGAUGGAGAGGAGCUUCGCGCGGCUGGACGAGCGCGCCGCGAGCUGGGCCACCAGCCGCAGCAGCGAGGAGCCCGCCUGCCGCUGCGAGCAGAAGAUGCCCUCCCGGUGCGACCACGUCGGGUCCACCGCCGUCGUCGCCGUCGUCAGCCCCACCCACCUCGUCGUCGGCAACGCCGGCGACUCCCGCGCCGUCCUCUCCCGGGCCGGCGCCCCCGUCGCGCUCUCCGUCGACCACAAGCCGGACCGGCCGGACGAGCUGGAGCGCAUCCAGGCGGCGGGCGGCCGCGUGAUCUACUGGGACGGCGCCCGGGUGCUCGGCGUCCUCGCCAUGUCUCGUGCCAUAGGCGACGGUUACCUUAAGCCGUUCGUGACGGCGGAGCCGGAGGUGACGGUGACGGAGCGCAGCGACGCCGACGAGUGCCUGAUCCUGGCCAGCGACGGGCUGUGGGACGUGGUGACGAACGAGAUGGCGUGCGACGUCGUCCGGGCGUGCUUCCGGAGCAACGGCCCGCCGGAACCCGCGAGCGGCGACGGAACCUCGUCGUCGUCGGCGAAGGGGGUAAUAAGCAGGGCGGAGUCCGACAAGGCGUGCUCCGACGCGGCCAUGCUGCUGGCGAAGCUGGCGCUGGCGCGGCGGAGCGCCGACAACGUGAGCGUCGUCGUCGUGGAUCUGCGCCGGGGGCUGUGAUGAUUCAUUCCUGGAGCGAAAUUCGCGCUCCAUGAUUGCUUUUCCUUGUCCUUUUUAAAUUGAUCCAUGCUAAUUUCGUUCUUCAUUUUUGAAUUUGCUCCGUUAUCUUGA